AGUUUUACAAACUCCGAGGCAGAAGCAGCAUCACACGUCGAAGAUAAGGUUAAAACUCUUGCUCUAAAUAAAAUACAAAUCACGAAGCGCCUAUCGUGCAAAGACUCUGUGGAGAGGUGAUGAAGAGCUAGCUAUAGCUAUGGCGAAAUCUGGAAAUCUGGCAUUCACAGUUUUGAAUUCAUCACCUUCUAAUUACUUAGUAUCAGCGAUUAAACCCAGAACCAAAACUCUCAGCAUCAUUCAGACUACUUGCAAUUAUGUUAUCGCUGCCACUAGUUCUUCUAACAAAAGCAAUAAGCAGCUCCACUCACCAUUGAUAGGAAAGCCAAGUAGAGCACCACGUCGUCUAAUCACAGUAUCAACGAGUGAUGGAAAAUGGCAUGGUGAAUGGACAAGUGAUUACAAAUUGUCUUUGCAGGACCUACAAUUACAGGAUUUGGUUGAGGUUGAAGAAGACAAAAAGAAAAAUGCCCAAGUGUUGGUCAGCCUUAGCAUCCAAAAGCAUGCUAGCUUUGGCUUGACAGUAGAUGGAAACAUUGUGACAUCAUUCACUCGAAAAUGCAGUAAUUGCUCUUCACCUUAUUGCCGACAGGUACCUUAUUUCCUCUCAUGAUAAAUUGCUGCUUUU